CCAAACCCACGCUUCUAUUCCAAAAACCCUCCCCCGUCCCGUUCGAUCGCCGGAACGGGAGCCUCCCCAGCCCACCCGCCCGGCGGCGGCGGCAAUGGCCGCGCUGAAAGGUGAGAUCAUCAUAGAUUGGCAGCAAGCAAUGCCCCCCGACUCCCCGACGGCGGAAGUGGAGGUUGUUGGCUCCUCUUACCCGCCCGUCACGGCGCAUCCCCCGACGGCGGCGCGCCCCGACACCGACGACAGCUCCGAAGGCGGUGAUUAUGGGGACGCGGCGGAGUUCGCAGGCUACACCGAUAAGAAACUGCAGGAUACGAUCAACCGCUGGCGCGGCAAGACGCAUGCUUUACCGGACGCCGGCAAGAAGAUGCGGAGGCUCGUCAGCCGGAUGAAGAAGGAACUUGAACGCCGGGGAGUCGAUAGGCAGAGGAAGUAUGAUGACACAGUUCGGAGACAGACGGCGCAAGCUAAGUCUACUCGUGGCAGUGGGGGAGAUGUCUUUACCUUCAACCUUGAUGAUGAGAACUUGGACAGUACGGCUGGCGCAUACUGUAAGAACUCAAGCUGUACCUCAUCUACAAAUGCCUACACCCAGGAUAAGGCUGCAGCAUAUAACAAAAGAAGUUCUUUAAGCCCUGUCAAGUGUGCUUACCUAAAUAAAGAUGGUAAAAUAGCAAAAGAUUCAGCAAGUCAUCAAUUUAAGACUUGUGCACGUCGUUCAAAGAGUACGGAUCGUGAAUGUUUAAAUACAGAUAUUGACAGAAGAAAGAAACCAACUUUAAGGAGCUGCACCAGAAAUUCACAGAAAAGUAACACUGUUGAUUCAAAGGGCACGUGCAGCAAAUUUCUUGAAGGUGCCACUUUUGGUAGUAAAAGGAAUUGGAACCUUGCAAAAAAUAAGGCCUCGGCUUCAUUUAUAAAGGAUGUGGUUCUCUUGGAUGAUGAUGAUGAUGCAGAGCCUGCUAGAUCAAAUGAUGCUGAGAUAUCUAAUAAAUGGGAUGAGUCAAAGAUCUACUAUCCUUCAAGAACUGAUCCAGAAGCUGUUGAGCUGACCUACUCUGACAUGAAGUGUCUUGAACCUGAAGAAUAUUUAAAAUCACCUGUUAUAAAUUUUUUCCUUCAGUACCUCAAGAAAUCAAGACCUCGCCGAGACUUGUACAUGUUUAACACAUACUUCUAUAGCAAACUUGAAGAAGCACUAUCCACUAUGGGUGACUGUGACUCACAGUUCAGCAAGUUACGGAGGUGGUGGAAAGGUGUAGAUAUUUUUAAGAAAGCAUACAUAAUUUUGCCAAUUAAUGAAAUGAUGCAUUGGAGCUUGAUCAUUGUUUGCAUGCCUACAAAAGGAGUGGAUUCAGGGCCAAUAAUGCUUCACUUGGACUCUCUUGCUCUUCAUAGGAGUCAAAAGCUUUUUGAGACAGUUGCGAGCUAUCUCGAAGCAGAAUGGCAGCAUCUACAGAAGGAUUCUUCUUAUGAUAUUCCAUUUUCAGGGACGGUAUGGAAGCGUCUCCCUGAAAAUAUGAAUGGGGAAAAGGUUGAGGUGCCACGUCAGCGUAACGAGUAUGACUGUGGCCUAUUUAUGCUUUAUUACAUUGAUAAGUUUAUUCAAGAGGCGCCAGAGAGGUUGACAAAAGAGAGCCUUGGCAUGUUUGGACGCAAAUGGUUCAACCAUGAAGAAGCUUCACAGCUCCGGGAGGGAAUACGGACAUGCCUGCUUGAUAUAUUUCAGAGUGCGCAAGAGGAUGGACCAUCAGAGGUAGAGUGGCAUCCAGGCGAUCAUUCUGAAGGCGAAGACAAGGAUGUGGACACAGUCAUGGCUAUAACACUCUGAAUCAAGUGACAAUUUUUUUUUGAAGAACUAAUCAAGUGACAAAUGAAUGGCACGGCGCCUCCUGUUUCCAGCCACGCGGUGGACUUUGACCUUGGAAUUUUGAGCAAACACCAGCUCUGAACAGUUCGGAGGGCAGCGUGUUGGCUGUGAAUCUGUGAUGCUAUGGUGCCUCUGAAGGCGUGAGUGUGCUGUUCUAUAAUUAUGCGUUGGGAAAGAGGGCACCAAGUUGGUUUCACUCUGAUUAACCCUCGUUCAUUCAAAGUGAACUUGGGCGGUGGAAAUGUACAGUGUAAAAAUUAUGCUUAGGCAUGCGAAUGAAAUGGUUCGUCCCGACAUAAAACUUGCAUGCUUACAAGUAAAACAUCUGGUAAUCUGAUCAAGAAUUUCAGUUUGCUUGCA